AUGGAGAUAGAAGGAGGGCAAGGGUGGGAGGGGCAGAAGAGGCGCAAGAAUCAAGUCCCGUCUCCCACAUCGCCCUCCGUUGCUCGUGGAGACACGAUUGCGGAAGAAGACGAUGUCGCGCGUGCUAGGUCCAGGCCGCCAAUGCCAUCGCCCAUCGGGUUCAGCAGACGAGUUGCAGGAGGAUCUGGAAAAUCACACCGUCAGGAGGAUGAGGAGUUCCGCCGAUGCCUUGCGGUUCUGUCCACCAGGCGUCGUCCCGGCACCCUCGUCGGGCGAAGGUUGGACAACGAACGGCAACGCCUGGUGUAUGAACGCCUUGUGCUCUACCGCAUCAGGGCUUCCAAGUUGGCAGAGGGGGUGUGCAGAGAUGAGCUGGAUGAUAUGACACUGAGAAAGGAGUACUCUCCGGAAGCUCUAGAGGAAAUGUAUUACAAUGACCCACUGAGUUACCAUGACCAAGUGGACACCUUCGACUGGUACUUCGACUGUGACUACGCUGUUCACUCCUACUUGACUGACUACCAGCGCCUUGUCCUUGCUAAUGGAGAUGAUGGUAUGAUGUUCCUCGACUGGGAGAAGUACAGGUCGUGGUUUACUAGCUACGAAAUAGAUACAGAGUAUAUCAAGUACUUUGAAGAAAUAUCAACGAAAAUUAAGUGGAUUAAAGAGUACAUGGAAUGUGAACGAGAAUCUCAUGAGUGGAUGGACAUGGAAGCUAGAGGAUUUCAGCAAGCAGUGAAGAUCGCGGUAGACUUUCCCUGCAUCAGCUUUGAUUUAGCUUUUACCGCAUACACGGUACACAAUGGUUCUUGCUUUAUUUGA